AUGGGUUACCAUUAUCCAGUGAUCUAUAAAUUUCGUAGAAUUAUUGGCUCCAAGGAAUCCUUAAUCGGGCGAAGUCUCGAGCCAGCUCAAGGAAUUCUCAGGAGGUGGUGGAGCGGCGACUACUUUACGCCGGUUCCCAGCGACAUCGAUGGACGGAGAAGAAACGAAGAUGGCAAUGAAUUCCUGAAAGAACCGAAUAUUGUCUUUGUGUGCGACGAUUUUACGAACUGCUAUCGAUUCCGGUAUCUUCGUUCAUGCGGAAAGCCAAUUAUUGGUCCAGCUCUGAUCCGGAAACGUGCCGUAGAUGGCAAGCCAUUGCUGAUGCCUCGUCCGAAACGUCCACUCUACGUGGACAGCAUGGAAGGUGUUCAUAUUACGUUAUCGGGACUUUCCUCAAAAGAUUGUUGUGAAGCAGUUGAUCUUGUACAUUUUAUGGGUGGUUGCGCACGACGAAAUUUUUCUCCCUCAACGACACAUCUGAUUACGGAUAAGGCCAAAGGACGAACUUACAGAGUAUGCAUUACUUUUUUUUUUUGGGAUAAUUAUAGUCGAUUAAUUAGCAAAAGCUAUCAUUUCCUGUAUUAA